AUGGUAUCUGGGUUAGCAGUUACAGGAAAUGUGGAGAAGGAAACAUGCAUGAUGGAGUUCCACAAGUACAUCCAAGACCUGGACGAGCUGCCUUCGCCGAGGAUUUUGAAUAAUCACCAGUUUUUCGAGGUUCAGCCCAAGGACAUGCUGAGGAAACGUGUCAAGGUUGCAUUUAUCUACAGAAACCCCAAGGAUGUCGUUGUCUCCUAUUACCACCAUGUAAAGCGGCUCAAUGACUAUUAUGAAUAUACGGGCGACUUUAAAUCUUUUCUUGUAAGAUUCGCUGAAGGCUUGUUGGACAACAACAGUAUGUUCGAUUACCUCAAAAGUUGGGAGAAUGGAAUCAAAGAAAACCCAGAUAUGAACAUUUAUAUGGUCUCCUAUGAGGACUUGCAGGCAGAGCCUUUGCCUCAUCUACGCAGAUUAUCAAAGUUUCUAGGAAAAGACUAUAACGACACCUUCCUAGAAUCUCUUGUAAAAGCCACCAGCUUCGAUGCCAUGAAGAGACAGAAAGGGGAUGUAAUCAGUGACUCCAGUGGCUCUAUUAUGUAUAGAAAAGGUAAAUUAUUUGGAGACUGGAAAAACUAUUUCACUGUUGCCCAAAGCUUGUGGUUUGAUCACAUUAUUAGAACAAGAAUGGGAAAAUCCACUAUGUUCCCAUUCAAAUAUUCCAUCUAG